AGAAAUGGUAGCUGCACGCCAGUCCGAGAACGUGUGUCGACGAAUCAACAAGAAUCAUGGCGUACACCGCUCUUUUACUGACUUUUGGUCUAGUCGUGGUUGAAUUUAAGUUUUGUUCGUGCAGGGUCUGUGAAGCGGAUAGAAAUACAAACGGCUGCAGCACGCCGAUGGGAAUGAACGCCCCCUUUAAAAGAGAGUUUACACCGGCUUGUGAUAAACACGACAUUUGCUACGGUUGUGUAAGUACGUGUUUUGUGAUUCUCUGGUGUUGCGUGUACUGCGUGUGCGUGAGAGUGCGUGUUAGGGUGAUUGAGCGUUCUUCAUAUGCCCAAAUCAAGUUUAGCACGUCGAAUGUUUGACCACAAAUUUUGUUGUUAGUGAUUGAAAUUGAAUCUCACUUAUAGGAUUCAACUUAAGUAAUAAUGUUUUCCAAUUAUCAUUAGCCAGCCUCCUUACUAUACUGACUUGGUUUCCUAAGCAUCUCUUAUUAGAUCCCUCAAAAUUCUAAGAAUGAGAGGUCGAUUAGCGUACUUUAAAUUGUACUCUUUUGAUUGCUUUCGCUGGUAUACUUUCCGAAGAAUGAUGCAAAAUUGGACUCACAUUCGAAAAAGUCGAAAAACAGAGCAAUUUCUCAUAGCGCCGCGACUGCGGCCAUAUUGAUGCUUCAAUAACAGUGAAACGGCGGCAAGCCAAUUCUGUGUGAGUUUAACUCUUUUCUUUUGUAAACGAUUUCUUUUUUACCAAUCAAGUCCCAUUAUGGCUCUCGUUCCAAUGUAAAAUUUGCAUAGAUGCUGGCUACGUGAGUGAAAACGCUCUCGAUCUAUAAGUGAAUUGUUGCAAAACUACCCGGGUAAAAGAAAUAGGUUUUUUGGAUUGCUUCCUGGAAUAAGAACAAGUUACGAUAGAAUGAAUACAUUUGCUCUUCCAAUACAAAUAUACCGCUUCUUAAAGAAGCUACACGAGCAGUGGCCUUUGCUUGCACUGAACCCUAACUAGAUUUAGGUUAUCUUAUAAGAAGGAUUCGCCUGAUUCUUAGAGAACUAGGGCAGGCCCCUGACUUUCAAGCUUUUCAUUCUUAGCAACAGGACAGUUGCUUACCUUAAAGUUAACUUUAGGUGUUUAUUAUAAUUUUUUUCAGGGUCAUCAUUAUAAUUGGACACGGAAAGAAUGCGACAAGUCAUUGUUAAACGAUAUGCUAAGAGCUUGCAAUGGGCGUAUUAGAAAACGACGCGGUAUUACUGAUGUUGUACUGGACAUUUGGUAUUUUUUCCAAGGACUAAGCAAGGAAAAGAGAAGAUGCAAAAUAGCCGCAGACAUGUAUUACAAAAUUGUACGCGCCUUUGGAGGCUCGCACUUUGAAAAAAGAGACCAUAGCUACUGCAAAAGUACGUGCGCAGAUAAACACGGAAGUCCCUAUGAAGAUCUUUAUUGAGCCUGAAUUUUGAUUUUAGCGAAGAGUGACUGAAACAAACUGUUCCGCAUAAACCAGAUCGACUAUUUCAAAAGUCGCGUCUUCUGACAUAGGUUCAGAAUACUAAAGAGAGUUUGCCGUUAUCUUGACGUUCAAUGUUCAACUGACUUGGCAGUUGCUUUGUCGUUUAAGAAUAGAGCAGAAUCUGGUGUAAGGUGUAGAGAGCUCGGCUAAGUAUGGCUUAUAGUUACUCGUGUGCAGUGUAGAGAGCUCGGUUAAGUAGCUUAUAGUUACUUAUAAGAGGGACUUCAGCAGAACUCGACUUGUUCAAGUGAAUUAUUCAAAGAGAAAAAGACUUCAAAUGAAGCUGGGG